AUGCGUCUACUGCAUACCACACGCUUGGUAUUCCAAGAAUUCUUCGAUGCUGACAUACCCUCCUACAUAAUACUGUCUCACAGAUGGCUUCAUGACGAAGUUUCUUACCAGAACUUCAUCCUUGGUCGUAAAAAGAGCAGCCAGGGAUACGCGAAGAUUCUUGGUAGCUGCCGACAAGCAUCUCGAAGAGGGAACGGCAAAGACCCUCUAUCAACGGAAGAGCCUGAACGUUCUCACGGUUGGCUCUUUGCUGAUCAUCGGCAUUCCACUGAAUGGGUUUGGAUUGAUACCUGUUGCAUCGACAAGUCAAGUAGUGCGGAGCUCUCCGAGGCCAUCAACUCCAUGUACCGCUGGUAUAGCAACGCGAAGUGUUGCCAUGUUUAUCUUCAUGAUGUCGUGAAGAGCGAGAUCCCUGACAAUACGAUGGCCCAAUUUAAGAACAGUGAAUGGUUUACACGUGGAUGGACCUUACAAGAACUUCUCGCACCAAAGGACGUGAUAUUCUUUGAUAAAAAUUGGAUGGAACUCGGCGACAAGAUAACCCUUUCACGGAAAAUAUCACGCGCCACAUUAAUUUCGGACUGGCAUCUCUUGUCCUUCAGCCCCUCAACCGUUCGUGUGGCUGAGAAGAUGCAGUGGAUGGCUAAUCGAAAAACAAGUCGAGUCGAAGAUGAAGCCUAUUGUCUACUAGGCCUAUUCGACAUCAACAUGCCUCUCCUUUAUGGAGAAGGUCACAAUGCUAGUCGCAGGCUGCAGCAAGAGAUACUCCCAACGUCAGAUGACGAGUCUAUCUUCGCAUGGGAACACCCGACGAUGAUGAUCACCUCUGUCUUGUCAUCUCACCUAGAUCAGUUCGGUUUUAAGUGUGAUGAACGUCAUGACGGGGAAUACUCUGCUGUUGCAGGGGUUUCUCGCCCACCUUAUACCAUUACAAACAAGGGACUCAAGAUAAAACCCAUAGUCCUCGGGACAAUUGCUGGCACAGAGUUAUGA